CAGACCUAUUUGCCAGUUGGUAGAUGGACUGGUUUAUGCAGUUAGACAGUGAAUGAAGCCUUAGAGAUUGGACCUUGGUGGCCGUGAAGCAGGAGGUGGCAGUCGAUCCUACAGAAGGCUACUGGCCGGGGGAUGUGCUUCUCCGUGGGUCCCAGCCUCGCCUAAAGACCUUCCUGCAGAGGAGAAAGGUUUCUGCCACCUGGGGAGCUCCGCCCGCGGCCCCAGGACUUAGCGCCCUGCCUGGUGAGGCAGCUGCCACCCUUUUAAGAUUAACGUGUCUCACCAAAGUCCACCUCUGACUUUCUUCUGGCUCUGGGCGAGGACAUGCACGCCCACGGCUUCAUGGAACCCCUGCGAGAUGGCUGCGUGCAUCCACUCCUUCGUGGAGUAAAUAGCCCCUGAGCACCCGCUGCAGGAAGGAGAGAGGACGGGAGUUACCCGCGCUGUCCAGGCCGUGAGCCGAGGCUCCUUCUCUCCUUGAAGGCGGAACUACACACGUGGGCAGGCUGGCUCCCCUGUUCUGCUCCAAGGAUUACAUGUCCUUCAAACGCCCCUGUCCCUUAGCUCGGUACAACCGAACCAGCUAUUUCUACCCCACAUUCUCAGAAAGCUCGGAGCAUAGCCACCUGCUUGUGUCUCCUGUGUUGGUGGCAAGUGCUGUCAUAGGUGUGGUCAUCAUCCUCUCCUGCAUCACCAUCAUCGUAGGCAGUAUCCGCAGGGACCGGCAGGCCCGGCUCCAGCGUCACCGCCACCGCCACCGCCGCCACCAUCACCACCAUCGCCACCGCCGCCGCCACCGAGAGUACGAACAAGGAUACGUGUCCGAUGGGUACACGUACAGCCACCCGAGCCACAGGAUACGCUAUACCUGCAGCCCUGUCGAGGAUUGGUCCCCACCAUUGGAGCUCAGUUCUGAUGGGGACAUGGAUGCCACAGUGCUUCGAGAGCUGUACCCAGACUCUCCACCAGGCUAUGAGGAGUGCAUGGGACCAGGGGCCACUCAGCUGUACAUCCCGACCGAUGCCCCACCGCCCUACUCGCUGACCGACUCCUACCCCGUGCUGGAUGGCGCCAUGAAUGUGGGCAGCGGCCCCAGCCCCGGCCGAUACCAGCAGGCACAGAGGAUCCUGGGCUUUGGUGGCCUCCGCACCGUCUCCAUGGAUACCCUGCCCCCUUAUGAGGCUGUGUGUGGGGUCAACCCCGCAUCAGGUCUGCUGCCGCUGCCUGGACCAGAACCAGGGCUAAGGAGCUCCCAGGGCUCACCCACCCCAACCCAGGCGCUGGCCUCUGGUCCAGAGAGGAUUCUGUGAGAGAUGCAGCCAGCCAGGUCCUGCCGGUCCCUCGGGCUGAGCCACAAGGGCGUGCACACACACAUGCACACACACAUACACACGGGCUCACAAGGGCAUGCACACACACACACACGCACAGACACGUACACGCACGCGGAUGUGCACACGCAGCACUCUCACAUGCACACAUGUAUACACAGUUUGUACACACACACAUAUACAUGCAGAUAUGCACACAUAGCACUCGCCCCCCCACACACACAUAUACAAUCUGUACACACACAUCCAGAUAUGCACCACACAUGUACAGACAUGUGAAUACACACAGGCCCCCCCGACAUCCACACAAACCCAUCUGCUAAGGUUUCAUUAAAAAUGAAGCUUUCUUGACCUCCCGUCUCCUCCCCAGCCUGUUGAUAAUGCCUCUGCAGACAAUGCUGGGAGAAGACAGGUGGAGAGGGACAAGGGCUUGCUCCUUCCUCUCCCUGGCCUGUUUGCCUCUGCCUUCACCUGGCAGGCUGUGCCCAAACUCUGAUUCUGCCUCCCGAAACUGCUCGACCAUCCCAGGUCAGCCGCCUGCCCCUCCCACCGCAGGGCGGCGUGCCCUCCUGGCUGGUGGGACAGGCUUCAGUGAGGUCCAGCUACACACUGUACCUCUCCCUCAAUUCCAGGGCAGCCACAACAUCACCACUCUGCCACUUAUGGGGUGAGGGACACGAGUCUGGGGGCUCAGGCCCUCACCACCCACCCUGCCCCUUCCCUAACCCAGUGCCCCCAGCCUCGUGGUGCUGGCGGAGUUAUUUUGGAGGCCCCCACCCCACGCGACAGGUGAUACGCAGGGUCCUUGUUGGGCACGCGAUGGUGGUGGUGGUGGGUUAAAGCUGUCCCCAUAUCAGCCCAACCGCUGCCCAGGGCUGAGGGUCUUCAAAGAAGAGAAGGGUGGCCUGGGCACAGCUCUGAAGCAGAGAAGUGGCCCCUUGCUAAGUGUGUGCCCAGCUGACCAUCAUGGCCCGAGUUUGGGCUGUCCUCCACGGUGGCAGCUCCUAGCUGGGAAUUGUGAGCUGAUGUGUUCUGGCCCUGCCCUCCAGGGUAUUUGCGGAAAUGAAGGGGAAGUGGGCCCCCCUAAAUACUAGCAUGCCACCACGAGAGGCUGUAUCUGGGCCUCACUGCCAAGGGCACCCCAGAGAGAGAUAUAUAGGUUUGCCUGCUUCUAGAGUGGCCCACAAAUCCCAACAAUUUCCAUCAGAGACCAUGCAAGUAACAGAGCUGAUUUCUGAAGACCCAGCCUGCCAGGGGGUGGCAGCCGAAUAUCUUUGUGGAGUGUCCCGCCAGCAUUGCCAGCGGCAGGAAGUGGAGUCCAAGUCCACCCUGCCUCCCCCGCCCGCACCUAUCCUCUUCUCCCCAUUUCCAUUUCUCUAUUGAAGGGCUAAGACAUUUCAGUAAUCCCUUUCUUGAGAAGGAGGGUGACAAGGAUGGCAAUCGUGAAUUUUAUUUUCUGUAGAAUUAGGAUUUCUUCUGGUGCAGAACUGAAAGAAAUCCGUCCAGAGGUCCUGUGGCAUCCUGGAGCACCCGACUCCGCCAGGAAAGGGACUUUGUUUACAAGCAGUUCUGUCCGCCUCUGUGGUGUACUGUUUUCUAGGCAAAAAAUAUCUGUCUGUUGUACUGUAUAGCCUUUAAAUGCACUCCAGGGAUGAGACUCUUUUAAGAAAUGCAUCCUGCUUCUGCAACCCCAGAGAGUACUAGGGGGGACAAAAGAUAAAAAUCCCUAAGUACUCAUCAGUGUUUGAGGGAUGGAGCUAACAGCUUUUCUUGUUCCUGGAUUAAGCGCUAAAUAAGCAACAAUGUAUCUUUUCUGUGUUCAAAUAAGUAUAUCGUAUCAAUAAAAAUGUUG